AGCUGAGCCAUCCUUUCUUGCAAAACAUGAAGAUACCUUGUUAAAGGAUUUACUUCGAGACUAUGAGAAAUGGGUUCGUCCUGUGGAAUACCUGAAUGACAAAAUAAAAAUAAAGUUUGGCCUUGCAAUAUCUCAAUUAGUGGAUGUGGAUGAGAAAAAUCAGUUAAUGACAACGAAUGUCUGGUUGAAACAGGAAUGGAAAGAUGUAAAAUUAAGAUGGAACCCUGAUGACUAUGGCGGAAUAAAAGUUAUCCGUGUCCCUUCAGACUCUCUCUGGACCCCAGACAUCGUUUUGUUUGAUAAUGCCGACGGACGUUUUGAAGGGGCCAGCACGAAAACGGUUGUCAGGUACGAUGGCACUGUUACGUGGACUCCGCCGGCCAACUACAAAAGUUCCUGCACCAUAGAUGUCACAUUUUUCCCAUUCGAUCUCCAAAACUGUUCUAUGAAAUUUGGUUCUUGGACUUACGAUGGAUCACAGGUCGACAUAAUUUUAGAGGACCAAGAUGUAGACAAGAGGGAUUUUUUUGAUAACGGAGAAUGGGAGAUCGUGAGCGCCACGGGAUGCAAAGGAAACCGGACGGACAGUUGUUGCUGGUACCCGUACAUCACGUACUCGUUCGUCAUUAGGCGUCUGCCUCUCUUUUAUACCUUGUUCCUUAUUAUCCCCUGUAUUGGGCUCUCAUUUUUAACUGUGCUCGUCUUCUAUCUUCCUUCAAACGAAGGUGAAAAGAUUUGCCUCUGCACUUCAGUACUUGUCUCUUUGACCGUCUUCCUUCUGGUUAUAGAAGAGAUCAUACCCUCAUCUUCGAAAGUAAUACCUCUCAUCGGGGAGUAUCUGGUAUUUACCAUGAUUUUUGUGACACUGUCGAUCAUGGUGACCGUCUUUGCUAUCAACAUUCAUCAUCGUUCUCCCUCGACACACAACGCCAUGGCUCCGUGGGUCCGCAGAAUAUUUCUCCACAAGCUUCCAAAACUGCUUUGCAUGAGAAGUCACGUAGACAGGUACUUCACCCAGAAGGAGGAGACCGAAUGCAGUAGUGGACCAGAACCUUCUAGAAACAUAUUAGAAGCCGCACUUGAUUCUAUCCGCUAUAUCACAAGACACGUCACGAAGGAGAAUGCUGUCCGCGAGGUUGUCGAAGAUUGGAAGUUCAUAGCCCAGGUUCUUGAUCGGCUGUUUCUGUGGACUUUUCUUCUGGUUUCAAUCGUUGGCUCUCUUGGGCUUUUUGUUCCUGUUAUUUAUAAAUGGGCAAAUAUAAUAGUUCCAAUUCAUAUUGGAAAUGCAAAUAAGUGAUACUUCCCAAGGGGUCAGAGUAGGAAUUUAGUUACCAAAAAGCACAUAACCUCAUGGCACUAUACAAUCAUGAAAGUGUAAAUCGUGUUUAAAAUUUGAUGCAAACUUUAACAGAUUAACAGUCGCUCACAUCAGUUUAUCUUAGUCGAUUGCCCAUUAGAACACCUCCCUGCAUGACUGAGUAGUAGCUGACGGGAUACCAUCGAGUCUAGCAAAAUAUUAUCUGAUCUGUACUAGUAAAACUCUAAUGUUUGUACCCUGGCUAAUAAUACUAAUUUGUAAUCAACAGUGAAAGUUCAUCUUUUGAUGUGCUGGAAAUUCCUGUUGUAUUUGAAGACGGACUUCAAAAGUUUUUCUGCAUUCGGUAAAGUCUUUAAGGUACAGUGAUGUUGGCCAUUCUCUGGAAACUUUGGAACUAACGAUGAAUAACAGAUACGUGAGUUUAGGCAAAAUGGUGAACUAGCGCCAGCUCCUGGCUCCUCCUAGCCCAGCCCUAGAGAUGUCCCAGAAGACCAUCAGGACCUGGGACUGUGCCACCUGGUGAGUGCGCUGGGCUGUCAGGGGAGGGCCUGGGGAGGGGAGGACCCGGGAGAGCCUGGAACUGCGCUCUUUCUCCCAGCCCGCUCCCAGUAGGGGACUGUCAGUUCAGACGCUUUGGAAACCUUACCGUAUGUCCUAAAUUUAAAAACACAGCUCUCCAGUGAGCUGGCAGUCCCACUGGUAGGUAUACAGUUGAGAGAAAUGAGUGCAUAUGUUCACCAAAAGACAUGUAAGAAUGUUCGUAGCAGCUUCAUUCGAAGUAGCCCCAAACUAGAAUAAGCAAAGGUCCACCGACUGCAGAAUAACCCGAGAGCAGUACGGUCAUAUUGUGGAAUAGCGUACACCAGUAAAAAAGAAACAACCAGAAGGACAAACCUCAAAGACAUUUUGUCGCAUGAAGGGAGUCAGACAUGAAAGAGUUCAGACCGUGUGACUCCAUUCGUAUGAAGUUCAAGGAUCAGUGGUUACCGAGAACGGAGGGAGACACCGGGAAGGGGUGUUGGGCACUUUCCGGGCUCCGGAAAUGUCCCGUAUCUUGACUUAAAUCAUGGUUACGUGGGUAUACGCGUAACGCAAAAAUUCAUCUAGCUGUGCACUUAAGAAGUGUGCUUUUAUGUAGAUUAUAACUAAAUGAGGAGACACACACACGGUAGGAGAGCAAAAUUAAAAAUCUGACCUGAGCUGAUCGAUACUAAUUGGGGCUCAUUGCAGUCUAUCUCCUGAUCAGCUCUCCUGGCCCAGAUCGCUGCGGCUCAGUGGCUAACUUAGGGAACCAGAUGCUUACACGCGCUGUCACACUGUUUUACAGAUGAAGGGGCAGGCUCGGAGAAGGGAGGCGAUGUGUCCAGGGACAUGUAAUGGAGGAACUGGUCUGAACACUGGCCACUGGCUCCGGAGUCUCGUGUCCCACCCAGCCCUACGGCUUGCCCCACAGGAUCCAGGACAUGUUUGCUGAGUGAACGAGCAAGCGGCUUAUUAGCA